AUGGUUCAACGAUACGUGUAUGAGAGCUUUAAAGCGGAAACAAAUGUAAAAAUCAGUGGCUUAAUGACCCAGAAAACGUCGAAAAAGAAAACAACUACAGAAAAUGCAAAAAAUUCAAAUAAGAAAUAUCUUGCUACUGGUUUAGCUUUUAGGGAAAUUGCUAUAACAUUUAGAAUUUCAAAAACAGCAGUUUCUUCAAUUGUUAUUGAAGUUUGUAAAGUAAUUUGGAAGAUUUUGAAAGGAAAACAUAUACCCUCACCAACGGUUGCUGAUUUUGAAAAUAUUGCACAAGAGUUCUAUGAAAAUUGGAAUUUUCCAAAUUGUAUUGGUAGUCUUGACGGCAAACACAUUCGGAUAAAAUGUCCAAAAAAGUCUGGUAGUAUGUUUUUCAAUUAUAAACAGUUUUUUUCUAUUGUUUUAAUGGCUGUGGCAGACGCAAAUUAUAAGUUUAUCAUGAUUGACGUUGGAGCUUAUGAGAAAGAUAGCGACGAAGGUGUACUAUCAAACUCGAAUAUUUUAAAACAUCUUGAAAAUAAAACUUUGAAACUACCUUAUCCUAAAAAACUACCAAAUUCUAACAUAACUGGUCCAUAUAAUUUCAUUGCUGAUGAAGCAUUUUCUCUGCGAACAUACCUAAUGCAACUAUCCCCAAGGAGGUUAUUGAACGAUGAAAAUAAAAUUUAUUUCAAUUAUAGACUUUCCAGAGCACGAAUGACUAUAGAAUGUGCUUUCGGUAUAGCAGCAGCAAAAUUUAGAAUUUUGCAGAAGUCAAUAGAGACAAAAGUAGAAAAUGCUGACCACGUUGUAAAAGCAAUAUGUACAGUGUAUACUGCACAAUGUAAUUAUAGAUUUGGAAAAAAUAAAAGUUACAGAAAAUUAUAA